AUGGCAUUUGCAAUUGCCUCAAAGUGUGCAAUUGUUACGGGUGGAGCGUCGGGCAUAAGCCUAGCCUUUGCAAAACUUCUGGUUCAGAAGGGAGCCAAAGUUGUGGUUGCCGACCUACAGAGAACACCAGCGCUGGAUGAGUUAAUGAAGCAAAGACAGGACGACAUCUUCUUCCAGAAGACAGACCUUACUCAAUGGGACCAAUUACACGACCUCUUUAAGUUCACCAAGAAUCGACUUGGCAAGGUCGACGUGUUGUGUAACAGUGCAGGAGUGUUUGAACCACCAUGGUCCAAUUUCUGGAAAGACACGGAAGAAACCAGCUACAAAUCGAUCGACCUCAAUGUCUCUGCACUCAUGAAAGGCACCCGUCUCGCCAUUCGAGAUCAGAUCACACGAGUCUCCCCGCCGCCGUCAACCAGGACUGUGGGCGUCAUCCUCAACGUAUCGUCCCUCGCCGCCCAAUUCCCUCUUUUCAACCAGCCACUGUACUGUUCGUCAAAAGCAGCCGUGUCUGCUUUUACCCGGGCGCUGGCUCCUCUCCACAAGGAGUUCGGCAUCAAAGUCGUGGCUGUGGCACCGGGGAAUGUGGCUACUCCUCUGUGGACUGAGGAUAUCAAGAAAGUCUUCCGUGCCGACGACGUAGUGAUCCAACCGGAAGAGGUGGCAGAUGUCAUGCUCAGGGUGAUCGAAGGAGCAGAGUACCCCGGUGGCACAGUGCUCGAGGUGACCAAGGGCCGCACUCGAUUUCUGGCGGUUGACAGUCCCGUGGCAUCAGGGCCGGGCGCCACCACGAGCAAUAUGGGUGUGAUCUACGACGAAACCAUUACCCUUCUGGACCAGGAGAGACAAAAAUAA